UGAGGCGGCGAGGACAGCGCGGGCCCGCGGGCCCCUUCCCUGAGCCGGCCGCCCGGGCCGCGCCGCCGAGGCCCCUUCGGCCUCCGCCCCUUCAGCCUCGGGGCCGCGCCCGCAGCCGCGUCUGGACGCGGAGGCCGGGAGCCCCUGCCUGGGCCCGGAGCCUCCCCUCGGGGGUCGGGCCCGGGCGGGGCGCCCCCUCCCCCCCCGAGCCGCUGCCCUCUCCCCGGCUUCCGAGCCCCAUUUCCUGCUUUUUUCCGUUUUCUUGGGGAGGGGCGGGUGGUUCUAGAUGAAUCGUUCAGGGGGUCCCCGAUGAGGCGGGCCGGGGGGCUGCGCUCUUUUUAGAGGGUCCCCGCGGGGCCCGGGUGCGGCGGCGGUUGUCUUGGCCUGGGCGGGGGACUUCCCGAGCCCGCCGGGACCAUGACCUGACCUGUGCGCGCGGGACGUGUCCGCAGCUCGAGAGCCAGCUCACCUGAGCCGCCCCUCCCCCGGCCAGCAUGGCAUCUGAAGAAGCCUCCCUCAGGGCAUUGGAAAGUCUGAUGACAGAAUUUUUCCACGAUUGUACAACCAAUGAAAGAAAACGUGAGAUAGAGGAGCUUCUCGAUAACUUUGCCCAGCAAUUAGGAGCCUGGAGACUCUGCCUGUAUUUCCUCUCCAGCACCAGGAAUGACUAUGUCAUGAUGUAUAGUUUAACGGUGUUUGAGAAUCUGAUCAAUAAAAUGUGGCUUGGGGUCCCAUCUCAAGAUAAGAUGGAAAUCCGCAGCUGCCUGCCCAAACUCCUUUUGGCCCACCACAAAACCUUACCUUACUUUAUCCGGAACAAGCUCUGCAAAGUUAUUGUUGACAUUGGCCGUCAAGAUUGGCCCAUGUUCUACCAUGACUUUUUUACGAACAUUUUACAGUUGAUCCAGUCCCCUCUGACAACCCCCCUUGGGCUGAUCAUGUUGAAGACAACGUCAGAAGAGCUGGCUUGUCCCCGUGAGGACCUCAGUGUGGCUCGGAAGGAGGAGCUGCGGAAGCUGCUGCUGGACCAGGUGCAGGCCGUGCUCGGGCUGCUGACAGGUAUCUUGGAGACCGUAUGGGACAAACACAGCGUCACUGCUGCCACCCCCCCGCCGUCCCCGACCUCAGGAGAAAGUGGUGACUUACUGAGUAACCUGUUGCAGAGUCCUAGUUCAGCCAAACUGUUGAAUCAGCCAAUCCCCAUCCUUGAUGCGGAGAGUGAGUAUAUCUGUUCCCUGGCCUUGGAGUGCCUGGCCCAUCUCUUCAGUUGGAUUCCUCUGUCUGCCAGCAUCACCCCAUCCCUCCUAACCACCAUCUUCCACUUUGCGCGCUUUGGCUGUGACAUCCGGGCCAGAAAGAUGGCGUCAGUUAACGGCAGCAGCCAGAACUGUGUGUUGGGUCAGGAACGCGGCCGGCUUGGGGUCCUGGCCAUGUCCUGCAUCAAUGAACUCAUGUCCAAGAACUGUGUGCCUAUGGAAUUCGAGGAGUAUUUACUACGUAUGUUCCAGCAGACUUUCUACCUCCUGCAGAAAAUCACCAAGGAUAACAAUGCUCACACAGUGAAGAGCAGGCUGGAAGAACUUGAUGAGAGCUACGUUGAGAAGUUCACGGACUUCCUGAGGCUCUUUGUGAGUGUCCACCUGCGAAGAAUCGAGUCCUACUCCCAGUUCCCCGUGGUGGAGUUCUUGACGCUUUUGUUCAAGUACACGUUUCAUCAGCCUACUCAUGAAGGUUACUUCUCUUGCUUGGAUAUCUGGACGCUCUUUUUGGACUAUCUGACAAGUAAAAUUAAAAGCCGUCUGGGAGACAAGGAAGCUGUUCUCAACAGGUACGAAGACGCACUAGUCCUUUUGCUCACGGAGGUGUUGAAUCGAAUCCAGUUCAGAUACAACCAGGCCCAGCUGGAGGAGCUGGAUGACGAGACUCUGGAUGACGAUGUAAGCCGCGCGCCCGCUCCGGCCCUAGUCGCCGUCGCUUCUGGCGUGAGGCCGGACAGACUGGGAGCCUCAGCAGACGGAAUGGCAGCGCUACCUGCGCCAGAGCUUGGAGGUGGUGGCCAAGGUGAUGGAGCUCCUUCCCACGCACGCCUUCUCAACACUGGACACAGGUUGAACAUCACAGCGGAGAAUGACUGCCGGCGCCUGCACUGCUCCCUGAGAGACCUGAGCUCCCUCCUGCAGGCCGUGGGCCGGCUGGCCGAGUACUUCAUCGGAGACGUGUUCGCCGCACGGUUCAGCGACGCCCUCACGGUCGUGGAGAGGUUGGUCAAAGUCACUCUGUAUGGAUCUCAGAUAAAAUUGUACAACAUUGAGACUGCUGUGCCGUCAGUCCUGAAACCUGAUCUCAUCGAUGUGCACGCUCAGUCGCUGGCUGCUCUGCAGGCUUACUCGCACUGGCUGGCGCAGUACUGCAGCGAAGCCCACCGGCAGAACACACAGCAGUUUGUUACGCUCAUCUCCACCACCAUGGAUGCGGUCACCCCUCUGAUCAGCACCAAGGUCCAGGACAAGUUGCUGCUGUCUGCCUGCCACUUACUGGUGUCCCUGGCCACCACCGUGCGGCCUGUCUUUCUGAUCAGCAUCCCCGCGGUGCAGAAGGUGUUCAACAGAAUCACCGAUGCCUCUGCUCAGCGACUUAUCGAUAAGGCUCAGGUGUUGGUGUGCAGAGCCCUUUCCAAUAUCCUGCUGCUUCCGUGGCCAAACCUCCCCGAGAACGAGCAGCAGUGGCCUGUGCGCUCCAUCAACCACGCCAGCCUCAUCUCCGCGCUCUCGCGGGACUAUCGCAGCCUGAAACCCGAUGCUGGCGCCCCGCAGAGGAAGAUGCCACUGGAUGACACCAAAGUGAUUAUCCACCAGACACUUAGUGUCUUGGAAGACAUCGUGGAGAACAUCUCCGGGGAGUCCACCAAGUCCCGGCAGAUCUGCUACCAGUCUCUGCAGGAGUCCGUGCAGGUCUCCUUGGCCCUCUUUCCAGCUUUUAUCCAUCAGUCAGAUGUGACCGAUGAGAUGCUGAGCUUCUUCCUCACUCUGUUUCGAGGCCUUAGAGUACAGAUGGGCGUGCCUUUCACAGAGCAGAUCAUACAGACUUUCCUCAACAUGUUUACCAGAGAACAGUUGGCCGACAGCAUCCUCAACGAAGGCAGCACUGGCUGCCGGGUAGUGGAGAAGUUCCUGAAGAUCCUGCAGGUGGUGGUCCAGGAGCCUGGCCAGGUGUUCAAGCCUUUCCUCCCCAGCAUCAUCUCCCUCUGCAUGGAGCAGGUGUAUCCCAUCAUUGCUGAGCGCCCCUCCCCUGACGUGAAGGCGGAGCUGUUCGAGCUGCUCUUCCGCACGCUCCAUCACAACUGGAGGCACUUCUUUAAGUCCAGCGUCCUGGCCAGCGUCCAGCGGGGUGUCGCCGAGGAGCCAAUGGAGAACGAGCCUCAGUUCAGCGCCAUUAUGCAGGCUUUCGGACAGUCCUUUCUCCAGCCCGAUAUUCACCUGUUCAAACAAAAUCUCUUCUACUUGGAAACUCUCAACACCAAGCAGAAGCUGUACCACAAGAAGAUCUUCCGGACCACCAUGCUGUUCCAGUUCGUGAACGUGCUGCUGCAGGUGCUGGUGCACAAGUCCCACGACCUGCUCCAGGAGGAGAUCGGCAUCGCUGUUUACAACAUGGCCUCUGUGGACUUUGACGGCUUCUUUGCGGCCUUCCUCCCAGAGUUUCUGAGCAGCUGUGACGGCGUGGAUGCCAACCAGAAAAACGUGCUGGGGCGGAAUUUCAAGAUGGAUCGGGACCUGCCCUCGUUCACCCAGAACGUGCACAGGCUGGUCAACGACCUGCGUUACUACAGACUCUGCAAUGACAGCCUGCCCCCCGGCACCGUGAAGCUCUAGGCACGGCCUGCUUGUCGCCAAGGGACACGAGCUCCCACCGCUGCCACCCGCCUCCCUCCGCCUCUGCCACACAGGGCUCCCGGACAGGCCCCGGCCGCCCCUUGGAUUCUCGCGCCCUGAACAGCGCUGCCGCCCCCCGUCCCUCUCCACGCUCCUGUCCGCUGCCCACCCGGCCGAGCUGGCUUCGGGGUGCGUCUCAGCGCUGGUUGGAGUGCCCAGGGCUUCGGGAGCGGGCAGAGGAUCGUGCGGCCAGGUGCCAGGGAGACCCCCGGGAAUCCUGUGGGCUGGUCCGCGCCACGCCCGCGGACGCCAGCCGUGAGGCCGAAACGCCAAGGACUGUUGGCGACAGCGCCGCCUUCUCGCAUUCCGCCCCCACGGCCGGCCCGGCCGGCCCGGAGAGACUCGAUGCUGGGACUGGUGGGCGCUUCUGUCCAGCCUCUCCCGCCCUCCCCUCCGAUUGCCUUGAAGUCUCUGCUCUCGUCGGAGAUUUGCAGACUGUGGGGUUUUUGUUCUUGUUUUCUCAUCAUUCCAUUGUGAUACUAAGAAACUAAGAAGCUUAAUGAAAAAAUAAAAUGCUUAUGUUGUUGUUAUAUAAA